AUCAUCUUGUCAUCAUCACGCAUUCAUUCGUGUCGUCGUUUCUUUGCUUCCCACGAGUUCCUCCCAUCAUCAGACGAUACUUGUUUCGCCACGUUCGCUCGUCGUUUGUACAGACACUGAAGACGCAGCGUGAAUCAAGCGCCCCGUCCCCCUUCAAGCAGUGCCGCAUCUCAUAUGUCGGACUUGUACGCUUCGACAUCCGACUAGCCCGCCCACUGUCUACCUCGCAACCAUCGCAGUCCACCACCUGGCUGAAUCAGCUUUCUGAUCACCCCGGCCAGUUUUUCAUCCCUCCUACCUCGAACCUCGCGGCCGAAUCGCUGUUGUACAUACGUGCGCUCUCUACCUCAACCUCCACGAUAAAAACCAACUGCAGUGACACUCAGCCACUCGCUCGCAACGACAGGCAGUGUAGACUGAAAGCUUUGGCAACCCUUAACACCUGGGAAUCUGCCAGAGACGAGCGCUCUGUGCCGCUUGCGACGAGAGGUCUAUUCAAAAGCAAUUCGGUCUACACAGCCUGGGUUUGCCCAUGAUGCCGGGAACCAAUCGUCCCUUCUUUGCCAACUUCUUCUCGGCAUUCCGAGCCCGCACCAGCCCAACCUUUUCUGCAAAGACGGCAUCUACAUAUGAUGUCGUUUCGUCCAACAGUCUCAUUGCAUCACCUCAUGUAUCAACGACACACACGAACGCCACUGCCGGCGGAAGCAGGACGAUGACGACAAGAGCAAGCGACGCCGGUCCUGUAGUGUCGCAAACGCUUCAGGGUCAGAGCCAGUCUAAGGCAGUGUCUUCAUCAUCCCCGACAGGUCCUCUACCAUUCUCAGCUGCGUCAAGCAGCUCCCAUCACCGUUACGCCACCCCACUUUCUCGAUCUCCUGGCACCUCAUCACCCGUUGGUCAUUCACACUCGAAUUCAUCUCACAAUCCUGCUAGCCUUUCAAUAUCGCCUCCAGCGACGUCUCGUGGCCGGCAGCGACGGGGAAGUGAUAGCUCCAAUUCGAGCGGGGGCUUUAUGGACGCCAUUGGUCACGAAAAGUGGUACAUCGGCGGGCGAAAUGCGGCAGGAGAAGAAACAUUCUACAAACUCGGCCUGGUGACUGGGGGAACGGGUCGCAGAGUGAGGAGCCUGGAUCGAUUGAGUCUUUAAGCCACUGCCAGGCCUGGAGAUGCAAGAUAUUUGUGCCAUGAACAAGGGCAAAGUUAAGCGGACUUGCGAGAUCUAGCGAAACACUGAAUGGUCACGAAAGAUUAGGACAACGAAGUGAUGGCUACCUCGGGGCAUGGGCUCAAAUAGGACCUGCCAUGCCUCGUUUAUAUUCUGAAGGCGGACGUUUCAGCUUUUGGAGAUAUCACAACAUGCGUAGAGAACUUGGAACAGUCCAAUGGAUUGUUGAGAUUCUUUGAUUGCCUCAGAUUGGCGGAGCACUCUAGUUUUCAAAUCCCCUCGACAGACGAUCGAGAAGGCGUCAGGCGCCAGGCAAAAAAGAAGCACGGGGCGAGAGCUCUAUGUAUUGGGAUGAGUUGCCGCAGCAUGAAUUACAGUUACUCGAGACAGGUUCUUAGAAAACCAGUGGCUACCUUUGAUCUACCUACUCUGAGCAUGCGACCGUUCCCCCCUCGAUGGGGGUGAAGUCUCGUCCUCGUUCGGGCAAUGAACUUGAUCACAUACCGGCUGCCAGGUGACAUGGAAUGACAAUCGCAGAUUCGUCUUGGCGAUGGCGUGACGAAGGCUCCUAGCCGGAGCUUGCCACCAAAUGAGGGGACGACGGCACACCCACGACACCGCUCCAGAUAAAUACAAU